AUUUCACUUUUUCUUUUCCCCUCUGAUCUCUCAUAUCAUAUGUUAUUCAACGCCAGUCAAAUGUGUUCAGCUAUCUUUCUUUAUUGGCUAAAAUCUUUUCCUUUCCAGGUAAACGCGUGAAUUCUGUCUUUGUUUUCUCAUCAUUAGUGGCUGUACAUAUAUCUGUGUUACUGCCUACAUCUGAUCUGCUCUUUUGCGUAAUCUAGUUGCUAUGCUAUCUCCCUGCUCUAUGUCCUUUGCUUUCUUACACGCAUCUUUAUUUUUAGUUGAAAUGUGAGCUUAAUGGGGACUCUGAUCUUAACUUUUUCAACAAAUGCUUCAUCUCUCCUCCUCGUUUUUUACUGUUACCAGUAAUUGGGGUCUUGGCUCUUCUUUUUCUGAAUUCCAUUGUCCCAUCAAAUGUAACUGCAUCAAGCAUCCUAUCAAUAGCGUUUCAUCAGAAGUAGGAAGCUAGGCAGGUUAGAUGAUGAAUGUAAUUACAAGAGAAUUCUUUUGCCUCAAAAAAGUAUUGAUGUUGUGAGAAUGUUCAUCAAGGCUACCGAGCUGAAACAUUGGCGCGCUUUCUAAAAGCAAGAGAGUGGAGUGUUGUCAAAGCUCAUAAAAUGUUGGUGGACAGCUUGCUUUGGAGGGUGCAGAAUGACAUUGACAAUAUAUUAACAAAACCCAUAUUUCCUACUGAACUUUACAGAGCAGUGCGUGAUUCACAGCUCAUAGGAAUGUCUGGCUACUCAAGAGAGGGGCUUCCGGUCUUUGCUAUUGGUGUGGGACUUAGCACAUUUGAUAAAGCAUCUGUUCACUACUAUGUGCAGUCACAUAUUCAAAUCAAUGAAUAUCGAGAUCGUGUAAUUCUGCCUUCUGCAUCAAAGAAGCAUGGGCGACCCAUAACCACCUGUAUAAAAGUAUUAGAUAUGACUGGCCUGAAGCUUUCAGCACUGACCCAUAUAAAGUUAUUGACAAUCAUCUCAACUAUUGAUGACUUGAACUACCCGGAGAAGACAAAUACAUAUUACAUUGUAAAUGCUCCAUAUAUUUUCUCUGCUUGCUGGAAGGUUGUCAAGCCCCUUUUGCAAGAGAGGACAAGGAAAAAAAUUCAAGUGUUGCCAGGUUGUGGGCGAGAUGAGCUGUUGAAGAUAAUGGAUUUAGCAUCAAUGCCACAUUUCUGUGGAAAGGAAGGGUCUGGGUCAUCUCGCCAUUCAGAAAAUGAAAACUGCUUUUCGUUGGAUCAUCCUUUCCAUCAACAGCUCUACAACUACGUAAAGCAGCAGUCCUUGGUCACUGAACCCGCUCAACCCAUCAAACAGGGAUCUUUUCAUGUGGAUCUGCCCGAGCCCGCUGCUGAAGGAACAGAGAUUGCUAAAACUCUAGAGUCUGAGUUGCACAAGUUUGAGAAUGGGAAUGGGUUGUCCCGGUCGAUUAGUGGCAUCAAAAUCGAUGAUGAUUGAGACUCUUGAUUCCCAAUCAGGAUGUGGUUUAAUUCUACCAUUCCGGGAAUAGGAUAUGAUUGAAAGUAAGAGUAGCAGCUCACAUCCUCUUUAGGUGAGUCUGGGAGGAAAAAAGUCAGUACGAUGUAUGUGGAGUUAGGAAUACUAUUGUAUUAUUUAGUUUCACGGUUUUUAGUCAAAGAUGACUUGAUCA